CCUCGUAACUAACAGCGAAGCUUCAAAAAUAUUUUAGAUUUAUGUGUUUGAAAGUGUUAUAAAAAUGUCCUAGUCAUUAGAAUAUUAAAAACUUCAUUAACAUAAAUCACAUUUAAGAAAGAUAACAAAGGAUUAUCCGAAAACUCGUGUUGAAAAUAAGCUAGAAGAGAAAUCAGUUUUUAAAGUUUAAUGAUAUUUAAUUAAAUUAUGUUAAUUUAUAAUGUCAUGACAUAAAAAAAAGACAUUUACGCGAUGGAAAUAAUGAAAUAAACUUGCUGACUUUAAAGCGGAAUAGCGAAUAUUUUUUGUCAUGAAGCAACCAAUCCUGUUUAGUACGAAUUUACUCGGGUAUGCCGCUUUGGUUACGCUUGCAUUCGCCCUGAUUUGCACGUGCUUGGCAUUAGGACUUCCGUACUGGGAGUACUACGACACAACAUUAGGAAGCCAACAGACAGUUUCAAAUUACGGGUUAUGGAGAUACUGUAUAAACUAUAUACCUGAUACUUCAACGCUCACAGACGUGUGUGGAGAUCCGGUAAAUACAGCGACAGGAAGUGGUGCAGCAGACAUCCGUGCUACACGUGCUAUGGUGAUCCUGGCGCUGAUUCUAGAGAUAGCGGCGAUUGUUUUCACAGUUCUUGCUGUGUUUAGGUUUAAGAAAAAAUAUCUUUUGCACUAUGCCGCGGCAGGAUUUGGAAUCGCAUCAGGAUUUUUCUCGAUGUUCGGACUGGCGGUGUAUCUUGCUAGGGUGCGUAAGGAUGACUAUGACCUGCACGCCUCUAUUGCAUGUGACAUCCUCAGCUGGCUUGUGUCCUGGACAUCGGCAGGUUUCAUCAUCUUUAUGGUUUUUGUUAAGAAACAGGAUGACAAAUGACGACACAGUUUUUAAGACAAUAUACAUAUGGUCUGUACUAAAUUGAGAGAAUUUGCAGCAUAAUCAUUUUAGCUACAUAAUUUCUUAUAUUGUGAUACUGUGUCAUACCAUACAUAUAUACAUAAUGAUAACCAUAUUUAGAAUACACAUACAGAUUAAUAAGACGUCAACAGAAGUAUCGUUUUUAGUGUUUUCAAAGUUUAUAUCUGUGCAAAUCCACUAUACUUAAGCCAUUUUGGCAGCGUAAGUUUGUGCUAUUUGUUGUACAUAUACCGUUUGAUAUGUGCCAGCCUGCAAAUAUCAUUGCUGAAAAACUGAUCUUUUAUUUGACUAACUAUUUUGUUUAAAUAGAGGAUAUUACAUGAGUGUCUUUUCAUAUUGAAUUUAUUAAACGAGUUUAAUAAAAUAAUAAAAUGUGAGGCUCUACUCAAUUAUAUUCUACGAGUUUAAUAAAUUCAAUGUGGAAAGUCACAAAUGUAAUAUCAUUUUUAUCACGUUAGCUUUUCCAGUCGAAACACAAAAAAUUCUACUUUCUUAAAGUAUUAUAACAAGUCAAUUUAACCAGCGUCUCCAAAACUUUAAACAACGUCGACGUCAAAGCUUUAUUACACUAGUGUAUUAUCAAAUUUAUGUAAUGGCUUUAUUUCACUCCCACAACGUCAAAAUGUGAUAAAGAAAAUUAUACUUGAAGUUUUUACAAAUAACGAACUGUGGUAUUUAAUCUGUUCAAUGUACAACAUAGAUUUUACUUUAUCUACUAAAUGUACAUUUCUACUUCAUCUGAUCAAUGUACAUUUCUACACUGAUUACACUUAACCUGGCCAAUGUAUUUUUCUACAGUGAAUCUACAUAAUCUGUCAAAUGUGUAUUUCUACAUCAAUUCAACUUAGUCUGUUUGACUGUAAAUUUCUGCGUUGAUUCAAUGCACAUUUCUACAUAGAUUCUACUUAAUCUGUCCAAUGUACAUUGAUUCUUCAGCAUAUGUUCAGUGUAUAUUCCUACAUAAAUUCUACUUGAAUUGUUCAGUGUUUAUCAAUACAUUGAUUCUACUAAAUCUGUUUGAUGUACAUUACUACAUACAUUCUAGUUAAUUUGUUAAAUGUACAUUUCUUCAUAAAUUCUACUUGUUCAUUUCAACAUUAAUUCCAUUCAACCUGCCCAAUGUAUAUUUCUACAAAGAUUCUACAUAAUCUGUUAAUUGUACAUUUCUACAUUGAUUCCACUUAUCUGUUCAACUGUAAAAUUUACACAUAUUCAAUGCACAUUUCAACAUUGAUUCCACUAGAUCUAUUCAAUGUAUAUUUUUACACAGAUUCUACAUAAUCUGUUCAAUGUACAUAUACAUUGAUUCUAUUUAGCCAGUACAACUGCACAUUUAAACAUAGGUUCAAUAUACACUACGUAAUCUCUUAUAUGUACAUUUAAAAUAUACAUUAUUCUAUUUUGUGUAGUGUUCAGCUGUACUUUUCUACUUAGAUUCAAUGUACAAUUUCUACAUUGGUUCUACUUAAUUUGUUCAUAUUAUCUUCCUGUAUUACAUUUUGCUAUGCUUAAGAGGAUGCAUCCAGUCAGGAAGUAAUAUAACAUGUAAUUCCAAAACAUUCAUAUACUCACAAUUCUUUUUGUGGUUUAAGUGUCAAGUGUCACUUGUUACUGUCAUCAUAAAGUUGUAAACAUUUUGAUAUGGUGUGUGAUUUUCAUGUUUUUCUUAUAGGCUAAUAAAUAUUUCUGUCUCAUCUUUAAA